AAAAGAGUUUCUGUGUGUUUUUUUUUUUUCCAGAAUUGGCCACCAUUGCCUUGUUUUCCGGUAAACAGAAUGGCUCAAAGUGCCGUCCGACAGUGUUUUCGUCCACAUUUUAAGGCGCUGUGUAACGCCGGAAAGCUGUACGUGCCCGCAUACCCGGCGGUGACUUUGUUUCCGGGGACGAGAUGGUUCUGCGCGAGAACCGGGGUACGGCUUAUGUCCCAUGGGAGCGCAGGCUGGGCUGCGACUGGACAAGCCAGCAGAAGGGGAGCGCUGCUGGCGCGCGGAGUCGCAACGGCGACAGCAGCGGCGGCCGUGGCUGGUCUUUUGGCCAACGCCGGUCACUUUCAGCGCGCCCAAAUGGCUACGAGAGUCCCGCAGGCAGUAGAACAGGAGGGCGACAUCCCGGAGAGAUGCCGGAGAUUCAUGUCUCCUCCGGUGACCGACAUCGGCGUGUUGCAGGAGAGGAAAGAGGAUAUACGCACAAGGAUGGAGAUGCUGAUCAUGGAGACGCAGGCGGAGUUCUGCAGAGCUCUGGAGGAGGUGGACGGUGGUACGUUCCAGGUGGACCGAUGGGAGAGGAAGGAAGGUGGUGGAGGAAUCAGCUGUGUAAUGCAGGAUGGAAAGGUGUUUGAGAAGGCUGGGGUCAAUGUAUCAGUGGUGUCUGGGAACCUGACGGAGGAGGCUGCCAAGCAAAUGACGAGCAGAGGGAAGGUACUCAAAGGAAAAGAUGGUAAACUGCCUUUCACUGCCAUGGGGGUGAGCUGUGUUAUCCACCCAAAGAAUCCCCACAUCCCCACAGUGCACUUUAACUACAGAUACUUUGAAGUUGAAGAAGAAGAUGGCUCUAAGCAGUGGUGGUUUGGUGGCGGCACUGACCUGACUCCCGUCUAUAUCAAUACGGAAGAUGCAUUUCACUUCCACAACACCCUGAAAGAAGCAUGUGACAAACACCACCCUCAGUACUACCCCGACUUCAAGAAGUGGUGUGACAGAUACUUCUACAUCCGCCACAGAGGUGAGACUCGAGGUAUAGGAGGGAUCUUCUUCGACGACCUGGACACGCCAAGUCAAGAGGAAGCCUUCAGUUUUGUGAAAAGCUGUGCGCGCACAGUGGUGCCCUGCUAUCUGCCCAUCGUACACAAACACCUCAACGAUUCCUUUACAGCUGAGGAGAAAGCGUGGCAGCAGAUUCGGCGUGGCAGGUAUGUCGAGUUCAACCUGGUGUAUGACAGGGGAGUAAAGUUUGGCUUGGCCACUCCUGGCUCCAGAGUUGAGAGCAUCAUCAUGUCACUGCCGUUAACUGCCAGGUGGGAGUACAUGCACGAGCCUGCCAAGAAUACCCGGGAGGCUGAGAUGCUUGAAGCUUUACGAAAACCUAAGGAGUGGGUGUGAGCAGGCGAGUCAUCAGUUUACAUGUUGGUGCAGGAAAAACAUCCAAA